GCCUACGCCGACGCCAAUUUCCUUGGAGACGUGUUUGUUGACCGGACUGCUCCCUGCCUGUGGCAGUGACUAACUGCUAAUCUAGCCGUGUUCAUAGGGCUCGGUUAGAGUUGUCUUCUGGGUGAUUUUCAACCGAUAGUUUCUUUCGCCCUUCGUAUCCUUUCUGAGUAUUCUGAAGAAUCUGACGGCCAGGUUAGAUUUUCCGGAAGCAUGAAGCAGAGACGCGGAGGAGAACGUCGUAGUCGCCAUGAAGGCAGCCCUGACCAGUCCAACCACAGCCCCAAGCCCAUUGUGAGGAGUCCAUCUCCCCACAGUAGGUCUAGAUCAAGGGACCGCAGUCGUUCCUUGUCGGGGGAUCGUGGGGCACGCAAGACCAGAGAUUUCUCUCGAUCUAGGAGCCCCACAUCUCCUGGCAAGUCUCGAAGGAUGUCUUCAUACCGCCGGAGAUCCAGAACAAGGUCACGCUCACCCCGACGUGGUUACAGAGCAAAGUAUUCUCACUCAAGAUCUCGUUCAUACAGUCCAAGAGGUGGUCCUGGUAGAGGAAGCAGUAGCAGGUACUAUGGAGGCUAUAGCGAUCGUCGGAAGGAAUUCUAUCGCAGUCACUCCAGGAGUCCUAUGUCAAACAGACGCAGACAUGUUGGCAAUAGAGACAACCCUCAACCAAGCCGCUGUCUGGGUGUCUUUGGCUUGAGCAUUUACACCACUGAACAACAAAUGCAUCACAUUUUCUCUCAGUAUGGUCCUGUUGAAAGAGUACAAGUGGUUAUUGAUGCUAAGACUGGUCGAUCUCGUGGUUUCUCAUUUGUUUACUUUGAGAGCCAUGAAGAUGCUAAAGCAGCCAAGGAGCAGUGUUCUGGAAUGGAAAUUGAUGGAAGACGCAUCAGAGUUGACUUCUCUAUAACACAACGUGCUCACACUCCCACACCUGGCAUUUACAUGGGCAAGCCUACUUACCGCAGUGCACCAGAGAGGGGGUGGAGAGGUGGUGACGACGAUGGCGGCGGUGGUGGCGGAGGCGGCGGCGAUAGGAGCGACAGAGGAGACAGGCGCGAGAGAGGCGGUGGUGGAGGCAGAGGCGGCCGAGGAGGCGGUGGGCGCGGAGGGGACUACUAUGGUGGUGGCGGUGGCGGCGGCGGAGGCGGUGGCUACCGAGGCAGUUACAGAGACCGAUCACCCUCACCGUACUAUAGUCGUAGACGGCGGUAUGAACGCUCUCACUCCCGGUCGUACUCUCCACGUUAUGAAGCAAGAGGUAUUGGAUGAAGUUAGAAGUUUGAGCACACUAGCACGUUCUCUGGGGCAAGAAUGAAAUCAAGUCAAGUUGACUUCGGAAGCUCGCGAGACCCUGUGUGGGCGAAACUAUCAUCUUGCUGGUUGAAGUUUGAAGAAAGAAAACAAAAUUCAAGUUCAAUUCUGAAGAUGUAAAGUAGUUCAAGACUGAAGCCAUCUUUUCAGGGCUAAUCAGGAAGAGGGUUGGUUAUUUCCUUUUCAUUUCCUUUCUUUUUCUUUUUGCGUUAGACCAAGUCACUUGAAACAGACCAGUCAGUAGGAAGUUAGGAGUCAUUUUUUGCACUUCACCAAAUUUUGGGGCUAAGCUUUAAAAGACCAGAAAGGGGUGUGCUAAGGUGCAAGUCUUUUAUUUGAUUUUUUCCUUAACAUUUCUUUGAAUUUGACUUCAUUUUCUGUGGUAAGUCAACUCAUCCUGAAUUCCUUUGCUUUAUGCCAUAACUGUUACACAAAUACUUCGGCAAGUGGCUCUAAGUGAAUUUCAAUGCUACCUCCAAAUUAAGGAGCGGUGCUGUGAAUUUUAAGGUGAUCGAAUUCAUAGCUAAGGUGUGUAAUUCCCCACUUGCCAGGUGUUUGGAAACCUAGUGCUUUGUCAGGAUGGCCGUGUUUGCGGAACAGGAUCUCACCAUUUUCAUGGUAUGAUUUCAGCCAAAGUCAAUAAAUUACUUUCUCAUUA